GGCUGAAAUUCUCUAUUUUCCUCUGCUCAAUCACCUGAUAGUCUUCCCUGUGACUAAGUUUCCCUUGUUUUUAUUAUUUUCAGGCCACACAGAAAAACAUGCUGACAAUGGUAACCAACUAUAUAUGCUUCAGGUCCAACACUUCCCAGUGUCAGCUUCCCAGCGAAGCAAGUCUAAUUGACUGCUCUCAGUAAGCACCUCUCCAUGAUUAAAUAAACUGAGGUUAGAGAUAAGUUUGCUUUGCAAACCUGCUGGGGAAUAACCACUUUUCUACAGGAAUCAGGAGAGUGAGGCAACUUCCAAUGAAAAACAGGGAGAAAAGGGAGCUUGGCAGACACCAAUAAUAGGAGACUAACCUAUUAGAAGGCACCAAGAGGACUGGACAAUGCUCUUGCAUAGGUGUGACAAUCAUGUCUGGUGAGUAAGAACACAUUAGAUCACUACAACAGAGAGCAUUAAAAACAAGAAAAUAUUGUCAUUCAGCAUUAACAUGUUUUGUUUAAAGUCUCAAGAUGGUAGCACAUACAUUUUCCCUGUUCCUGUGUACAAAAAAGAGGUUACAGGCCACUUAUUGUUAAGGGUAUGCAAAGCCAGAGAAUAAUUAGUAAGCCACAAGCUCUCAGAAAAUAAGGGCAAAGUUGGGUUAAGACUCCAGUUUAGAGAUUUGCAGAAUUUUAUACCAUAAAAUGAGCAAUUGCUGUUUCCAGAUGACUCCCAGGUUUCUAUAAGGCCAGGUAUAUACUCUGAGAGAGAAAUUCGCACAUCACUGAAUAUUCUUCACCGUCUUAUCCUCAAUCCGUUUUCAAAGCAAAACAAAGCAAGCACUGGCUAUUUUAGUUUCCUUUUCCUCCUGCAGAGAGAGCUCUGCCGCUUCAGUUUCCCUUUUCAGUUUCACUUUCCAGUUUCAGUUUUCACCUCGCUUUUCAAGUUGUUCUCGCAAGAACACACCCACAGUUUACCUUCUUGGUCAGCUGUUUAGCCUUCCUUAUAUAGCCCUGUUCUGGGGCUAAAUUCACCUGAAAUCCACAGGACAGGCGGGACAGACUCAGAGGAGCCCAGGCUGCUAACCAGACCCUGCGAGCGGCUGCCUAACUCACAGCAACCAUGGGUAAGAAUGCUGAUGAAGAUCAGAUCAAAGCUAGGGUAGAGCAGUUGAGAUGUCACUUUACAUGGAAGUUGCUAAUUGAAGAUACUGAACUGCUUGAUUUAGAAAACAGGGUCUUUGAUGAAAUUGAGUUCUUAGACACAAAAUUCAAUGUGGGAAUACACAACCUACUGGCCUAUGUGAAAUACCUGAAAGGCCAGAAUGAAGAAGCUCUGCAGAGUUUAAAAGAAGCUGAACACUUAAUGCAGGCAGGUCAUGCGGACCAGUCAGAUGUGAGAUGGCUGGUCAUCUGGGGCAACUAUGCCUGGCUGUAUUACCACAUGGGCAGACUGGAAGAAGCCCAGAUUUACCUGGACAAGGUGGAGAACAGUUGCAAGUUUGCCAGCCCCUCCUACUACACAAUGCAGUGUCCUGCGAUGGACUGUGAGGAGGGAUGGGCCUUGCUGAAAUGUGGAGGAAAGAAUUAUGAACGGGCUAAAGCCUGCUUUCAGAAAGCUCUGGAAGUGGAACCUGAAAACCCUGAAUUCAACACUGGAUAUGCAAUUGUUGACUAUCGUCUGGAUGGCUUUAACAAAGUAACACAAGCUGAUGAGGCAUUUUGUGUGCAGUCCCUAAAACGGGCUAUCAAGCUAAAUCCAGAAGAUGCAUAUAUUAAGGCUCUCCUUGCCGUGAAGCUUCAGGAUAUAGGACAAGAAGCUGAGGGGGAAAAGUACAUUGAGGAAGCACUGAACAACAUGUCUUCGCAGACCUAUGUCUUUCGAUAUGCAGCCAAGUUUUACCGAAGAAAAGGCGCUAUGGAUAAAGCUCUUCAGUUCUUAAAAAUGGCCUUGCGUGCAACACCCUCCUCUGCGUUCCUGCAUCACCAAAUAGGGCUUUGCUAUAGAUCACAAGUUUUUCAAAUAAACAGAGCUACAAACUGGCAGGCUAGAGGACGGGAUAGAGAAAAUUUGGACAGAAUAAUAAGAUUAGCCAUAUCUCAUUUUGAAUUUGCUCUGGAACAAAAGCCAACAUUUGAAGUAGCUUAUAUACACCUAGCAGAUAUGUACAUAGAAGCAGGCAACUACAGAAAAGCUGAAGAUGCUUAUCAAAAACUGUUAAGCAUGAAAUCACUUAAAGAAGAAACACUGCAAGAGAUUUAUUUCAACUACGGUCGAUUUCAGGAACAUCAAAGGAAAUCUGAAGUCAAUGCAAUUAUCUAUUAUUUAAAAACAAUAAAAAUAAAUAAGCUGUCAAUUGUAAGAGAAAGAAGUAUCAUUGCUUUGGAGAAACUGAUUUUAAAGAAACAUGAAAGAAAUAAAGCAGACAUGGAAAGCUUGAGCAUCCUUGGGCUCAUCUACAAAUUGAAAGGAGAAAUGAAUAAAGCCCUGGAGUAUUAUGAGCAGGCCCUGAGGCUGGCUGCUGGCUUUGAGAACUCCGUGGGACAUGUUCCUUAGGCACUGAAAUAUGGACCACUUUCACAGUUCAUUUGAUUUUUAUGUUGACAUGUACUAAUUAUCUUUUCUGCUUGCUGCUUUCAGAAACAUGUAAUUCUUGAACAAUCAUGCAAACCUGAUAAAAUACUACUUGUAUUCAGAAAAUAGUGAAACAAUAUAUAUGUCUGUGUGUGUGUGAGAGGUAGAGAGACAUAAACCAUUUCUCUGUGAAUGUUACAUAAUAGAAAUAACAGUUUGUGGCAAAUAAAACACUGCACUGCUAUAAAGUAAAA